AUGUCGACGCGAAGGUGGGUGAGGCAGACUGCCGCGCUCUUCCUGCUGGCUUUCAUCCUCCACUCCCUGCCCCNACACAUUGCUGCUGAGAAUGCUGCUGAAGUCACCACCACUGAUGAUGUCACAACCACUGCUGGUGUUACCACAAGUGCUGCAGUCCCAUCCACUGGUGAUGUCACAACCACUGCUGAUGUCACCACCACUGCCAAAGUCACAACCACUGCUGAUGCCACCACCACUGCUGAAGUCACAACCACUGAUGAUUUCACAACCACUCCUGAUGUCACCACAACUGCUGAUGUCACCACAACAGCUGAUUUAUCAACCACAGCUGAAGUUACCAGCACUGCUGAUGUCACCACAACUGCUGACCUCACCACAAAACCUGAAAUCACAACAACUCGUGAUGUAACCACCACUUCUGAAGUCACAACAACUUCUGAUGUCAUCACCACUGAUGAUGUCACAACCACUAGUGAUUUCACCACCACUAGUGAUGUCACCACAACGGCUGAUGUUACCACCUCGGCUGAAGUCACCACUACUGCUGAAGUCACCACCACUGAUGAUGUCACCACCACUGCUGACAUCACUACCACUGCUGAAGUCACAACCACUGAUGAUGUCACAACCACUGCUGGUGUUACCACAAGUGCUGCAGUCCCAUCCACUGGUGAUGUCACAACAACUGCUGACCUCACCACCACUGCUGAAGUCACAACCACUGGUGAUUACACAACCACUCCUGAUGUCACCACCACUGCUGAUGUCACAACAGCUGAUGUCACAACCACAGCUGAAGUUACCAACACUGCUGAUGUCACCACAACUGCUGACCUCACCACAAAACCUGAAAUCACAACAUCUGCUGAUGUAACCACCACUGCUGAAGUCACAACCACUUCUGAUGUCACUACCACUGAUGAUGUCACAACCACUGGUGAUUUCACCACCACUAGUGAUGUCACCACAACGGCUGAUAUUACCACCACAGCUGAAGUCACCACCACUCCUGAUGUCACCACCUCUGCUGAUGUCACCACAACAGCUGAUUUCACCACAACUGCUGAGGUCACCACCACUGAUGAUGUCACAACCAUGUCUGAAGUCACAACCACUGGUGAUGUAACCACCACUGCUGAUGUCACCACCACAGCUGAAGUCACCACCACUCCUAAUUUCACCACCACUCCUGAUGUCACCACAACUGCUGAAGUCACCACCACUGAUGAUGUCACAACCACUGCUGGUGUUACCACAAGUGCUGCAGUCACAACCAUUGGUGGUGUCACCACUGCUGACAUCACCACCACUUCUGAAGUCACAACAACUUCUGAUGUGACCACCACAGGUGAUAUCACCACCACAGUUGAAGUCACCACCACUCCUGAUGUCAACACUACUGCUGAAGUCACAACCACUGGAGAAGUCACUACAACUCCUGAUGUCACAACCACUCCUGACAUCACCACCACUGCUAAAGUCACAACCACAGGAGAAGUCACUACAACUCCUGAUGUCACCACUACUCCUGACAUCACCACCACUGCUGAAGUCACAACCACUGGAGAAGUUACAACUGCUGAUGUCACCACCACUCCUGACAUCACCACUACUCCUGACAUCACCACCACUGCUGACUUCACAACCACUGGAGAAGUUACGACAACUGCUGAUUACACCACUCCUCCUGUCAUCACCACCACUCCGGACAUCACCAGCACUGCUGAAGUCACAACCACUGGAGAAGUCACAACAACACCUGAUGUCACCACCACUCCUGACAUCAACUCCACUGCUGAAGUCACAACCACUGGAGAAGUCACAACAACUCCUGAUGUCACCACCUCCCCUGACAUCACCUCCACUGCUGACGCCACAACCACUAGAGAGGUCACGACAACUCCUGAUGUCAUCACCACUAUUGACAUCACCACCACUGCUGAAGACACAACCACUGGAGAAGUCACAACAACACCUGAUGUCACCACCACUCCUGACAUCACCACCACUGCUGAAGUCACAACCACUGGAGAAGUCACAACAACACCUGAUGUCACCACAACUCCUGACAUCACCACCAAUGCUGAAGUCACCACCACUCCUGAAAUCACCACCACUGCUGAAGUCACAACUACUGGAGAAGUCACCACAACUCCUGAUAUCACCACCACUCCUGCUUUAACCACCACUGCUGAAAUCACAACCACUGGAGAAGUCACCACAACUCCUCAUGUCACCACCUCCCCUGACAUCACCACCACUGCUGAAGUCACAACCAGUGGAGAGGUCAAGACAACUUCUGAUGUCACCACCACUCCUGACAUCACCAGCACUGCUGAAGUCACAACCACUGGAGAAGUCACGACAAGUCCGUAUGUCACCACCACUCCUGACAUCACCACCACUGCUGAAGUCACCACCACUCCUGAAAUCACCACCACUUCAGAANUCACAACCACUAUAAAAGUUACCACUACUCCUGAGCCCACUACCACCCUAGCACCUACCACUACUGCAGUGAAUUGCAUGAACGGAGGGUCCUGGACAGGUGACAAGUGCAUCUGCCCCAACGGCUUCGGGGGGGAUCGCUGUGAGAAUAUAGUCGACGUGGUCAUCUGCGAGAACGGAGGCACGUGGGACGGGCUCAAAUGUCAGUGCACCAGCCUCUUCAUCGGGCCACGGUGUGAGGAAGUGGUGGAGAGUGGCGUAGAGAUAGAGCAGAAGCAGGAGGAACUCAGUCUGAUGAUCCCCAGCGCCCAAGUAAAANGCUGGGUGUGGCGGCGCAUACCCAUAAUGCCAGUCAAAGGCAGUAUCGUGGUGGAUUAUGAUGUCAUCCUGAAGGCCAAGUACACCCCAGGAUUCGAAAACACAUUAGAUACCGUCGUCAAAAACCUGGAGACAAAAAUCAAGAAUGCAACAGAAGUUCAAGUACAAGAUGCCAAUAAUACCUGUUCAGCUUCUUGGAACAAAGGCUCCCAAGCUGAUUCAAGCUGCCUGAUCACGGAUACUCACUGGUACAGUGGGGAAAACUGCGACUGGGGCAUCCAGAAAAGCCUGGUGUAUGGACUUGUGGGAGCCGGCGUGGCAGUGCUGUUGGUGAUCCUCGUGAUCCUCCUCGUGUUCUCCAUCCGCUUCAGAAAAGAUGCGCAAAGGCAAAGGUCCAGAGUGUCUGAGAUGUACAAGUGGGGUGAAGAGGAGGGCAGAGCAUCUCCUGGAACCUUCCACAACUUUGGUUUUGACCACAAUGAAGAACGAGAAAACUACACACCCUUGGACUCUGUCUACAGCAACUUCCAGCCUUCCCUAAGCCACAUAAACCCAGAAAGAAAGGUAUGUCCUUGA